AUGGCCCCGAACACGGAUGCAAUCAUCAGGACGGCGUCUGCGAGAAAAUGUCCUACGGGGACUGGAUCACGAGUACGCGUCUCAAGAUCCAGGGCUCCUGGAACCUGCACGAGCUCGUCCCGAGACCUCGACUUCUUCAUCAUGUUCUCCUCAAUCUCUGGUGUGAUCGGCAAUCCAGGGCAGACCAACUACGCAGCCGGCAACGCGUUCGAAGACGCCCUGGCUCUCUUCCGGCAUCAGCAGGGCCACCCCGCCACGACGAUUGAUCUCGGCGCCGUCCGCGACGUCGGAUACAUUGCCGAGUCCGACAAGGCAGCGGACCUGGCUCAUAUUGCGGCGUUCCAGAUUGCUGAGAGGGAGAGACAGGGUCGGGGGAAGCAGGUCCCGGCGCAGAUCAUCACUGGCCUGAGCGCGAGCCAAGAGAUGGACGAUGUCCUCCGACGGGCUCGCUGGGCGCGGGAUGCCAAGUUUUCGACGCUGUGGAAGCCAGGUGGUGUAGAAAGCGGCGAUGCGGCGCUUCAGGCUGGCCUGGAGGCAUUCAGUAAGGCGGAGUCGCUGGAAGCUGCGUCCGGCAUUGGGGAGGAUGUGAUUUCUCGCAGAUGGUGA